UUUCUUUCAGUUAAUCCAUGGCCAAGUUACAUUGACCUUGACAAAAAAACUCGACUGUUACAUCUGAUGAUCUGACUUUCGUGAUUCGUUCGAUCGGUGCGACUUUCGCCUUUUAUUUUGUUUACUUCGCUACUGGAUUCCUUGUAAUUUCAGCAACUAGUAUGUUUUUCGCCAAAUAUUCAACGUUUUUGAUACUUUUUUGAGUUUUUGUCGGCGAGGUGACAAUGGCAAGGGUUUAUCAUUAUUCAUAACAUCCCUUCCGAGAAUUUUUUGGUGAUUUUGAGGCUAUAAUGGCAGAGGAGGGAAAGAAAAUAUCUUUUGGAUUUUCCAAGUCCAUUAAAAAACCAGUAUUGAAAAAUGUCAAGGAACCGGAGACUCCAAAAAUUGACUUCAUCGAGUGUCUUGAUGACAAAUCAAUCAUAGUUAUUGGAGGUGAAGCAAAAAAGGACGAGCCCCUGGUGAUUCCCAUGCUAGGAUCAAGAACCUGGCAUGAGAGAAUUGUUAACAAAGUUGAUGCAGAUAUUUUUGAGCCCAAAGUGAAAAAUGUUGAGAAUGGAGAUAAUUCUGAUGAAAAAGGCCCUAAGGCCUCCGCAGUCCCCAAUGGAAAAGCUUCGAAUAAUGAGGUUCCAGUAGACACCGCAGAGAUUAAGAAGGAACCUGACGAGGCGAAAUCUGUGUCCCUAGAGGAACAGGCUGCCCAAGAGAUCCUGAAUGAUCUGGGCAAGGAUGUCAAAGUUGAACUGAAAGAUUUCACGCUGCCCCUUGCAGAUAAUGAAAACUUGGAAGGCCAACGUGAGUCAACUUUAGAAGACUACGAGCAAAUUCCUAUUGAGUCCUAUGGACUAGCAAUGCUGCGAGGAAUGGGUUGGACACCAGGAAAAGGUUUUGGCAAACAUGAAAACCUUGUGGAACCAAAAAUACCUGAACUGAGACCUCGCGGAAUGGGUCUGGGAGCAGACAAGGCAGUACUCAAAGCCAAGAAAGUGGAGAAUAAGACGAAGGAAGAACAGCAGUUGAAAUUGAUUUGUGGAGCAUUUGUGAAAAUUCUUGCAGGGAAGCACAGUCAACAAUAUGGAGUACUGGAGGGGCUGGAUGAGGACUCUGCUAGGCUCAUUGUCAAACUAGCCAUAGGGGGUGAAUCAGUAUCACUCAAUGAGUGUUUAGUGGAGCCUGUGACACAGGACGAGUACACGAGGAAUUCAAAAGUUUUGAACUCGUCAAAAUACACUGAGUACAAAGACAAACCCAGUGUCGACAAACGGAAUUUAGAAUCAAAUUUAGCCUCUUCAGGUGCUCAUAAUAAAAAACGAAAAUCUGAUGAUUCCAGUGAUGAGGACAGACGCAGUAGACGUCGGAAAUCCUCAAGCCCAAGCUCAGACGAGCGUUACGAGAGGAAAUCGAAGAAAAAACAGAAGAAUAGAGACCGGAGCUCCAGCUCCGACGAAUACAGGAAGAGAGCAAAGAAACAUUCUAGUAGGAAAAGCAAAAAGAAGGAAAAAACUCGAGAGAGAAGUCGAGAACGCAAAUUCGGGUACUCAGAAUCUUUAGACAGAAGAAAAAGUAAAAAGCAUCGUAGACGAUCCAGGUCUUGAUUAAAUUGUGAAUUUAAAUAUAAUUUUUUUCUGAUUGUCAAGGAAUUAAUCUGAACAUUUGACGCAACUCAGUUUUUACUACAUCUUCCUCUUUUAUUUUAUUUUUAAUAAUAAAAAGGUCAUGCAAUACUGCUUAAAUUAAA